AUGGCGGACGAUCUAGCAAGUUUUAUUGAGUCACAGAAAAGAAAGUUGGAAAAAGAAAGAGCAGAAAUAUUGCGUGCACAAGAAAGUGAGAUGAGAUUACUUUGCAUGUGAUUAUUCUAACUCAGCUGUUGUUUCUUUUCGUUGGUCCCUCUAAGAUCGCCUCGGUGUAAGAACCUGUAAAACUCACGAGUGACGUAAAACAAAGGAAACAAAGAGGUCGACACAAUAGAACCUAGGAAAACAAAGGGUGCAAAACAAAGAAAAAGUUCACUGGUUCUUACCCCCAAGAUCAUGUCAUGUAACUCUAAAGUUUUGGUUCUAAGAUUUCAGCAAUACAAUCAAAACAAUUCUCUUGAAGGGUAUUACACUAUCUGGGAAGACAAGCAAAUUUCAUGUACAUGUAUAUCCAUACUAGAAAUUAAAGUGAGUGGAGAAAAUUCAGAAAGUUAUUUGAUGAGGAAUGCCAUUAUCAGAUGCACAGUAUGAGAAUCAUUUGAAAAUUCUGAGUAUGACUUCCAUUUAGAACAUAAACAAGGUUUCAUAUAUAGCCAAAGAGGCGGCGUCAAAAUCAUUGAACUGGGAUGAACCGUGAUACCGGUUACGAGAUCCCUGUGGUCUACCAGGAUGUCUUGUGAUGUGAACCACAAUAUAAAUCAUGUGACAAAAUUUCGAGCUCUAUCACGUGGAAAGGAUUCCAAGAUGAAAUUGAAUGCUUGUAUGCUAUAAAAAUAGUUUUUGAUCAUUUGAUACCUCGUUUAUGUUCAAAUACACUGAAAAAGUAGCUUAGUAAAUUUUAUGUGAUAAUCAGUUUUGUUCUUGUAUUUCAGGUCAGCAUAGACCACAAGACGCGUCAGACGAUUGAAGAAGUCAUGGAGGAACCAGAUCAGACGGUCUAUGACCAUGCGCAAUGUCACGUCUAUUUCAUCAUGUACCAGGACUGUUACCCAAGAUUCUUAGUGUCAAAUGUAUUCAAGGCACUUUUGAUGAGUAGCAACUGA